AUGCCUCAACCUCAUCUGCCACUGCUCGCCAACACCUCACUACUGCACCACCACCCGACGACGACGACGAUCCUCCCACCGCUCAGCCAUCCGCGAAAGCCCCAUCACCAGCCGUUUCCACAGUCGCCAUACUCGCCCACGCAGUACGUCUACCCUACUCGUCAGCCGUCGCCCCACCACCUCCUGCCUCGCUCCGUGUCGUCGCCCCCCGUCGACCUCACGCUCUCGGGGCCGCUCCGACGGGGCAAGUGGACCCGAGCCGAAGAGGACUACGCGGCCGCAACGAUCUCGUACUUUUGCGACGGGCUGCUCGCGAUCCAAUACGGCACGACGCUCCGGGGGUACUUGGCCCAGCAGCUCCACUGCGACCCCAUGCGGAUUUCCAAGAAGCUGCUCCCUGGGUCAGUCUUUGCCGGGAUCAAGAUCAACCCCAAGAUCGGCCGACGGGCGUACUACCCCUGUGCACAAGACUCGACGACGGCCGCGCGCUCGAAAGAGCAGGCGACGCUGCACUUGACGGGUCUCCGUCGGGCGUUCAUCCAGAGCAUUGAAGACGAAGAGGCCCUGGAAGCCGCGAGCACAGUCCUGGUCAAAGACAGCGCAGUGUACUGUGCCAAGACAGCAGCGGCGCUGCCCCCCACGCCGACGCACAAGGCCGUGGCCCCUCUGGCUCGGAAACGGAGCUACGACGACAUUAAUAGCGUCGUGCGGGCCCAGAAACAACAGCAACUACAGCAGCAGCAGCAACAAGUACAGCAUCCGGGACAUGCUGCAGCAAGUGUGAAGCUCACCGAGCCGCAGAUUGUCUACCACGUGCAACCUCCGGCCGAAUCGGCCUUCUUCAGCUCACAGCACUAUGCACCGGCGUCUGCAGAGGGGACCCCAACGCCUCUGGGCAUGAGCAAACUGCCGAAGCUCACGAUCACCGACGACGUGUCGCGUCGUACUUGCUACUGGACCCCCCAGCAGCGCAGUGGGUCCCCCGUGACCGUCGCAACGUCCACACUCGUGCUCCCGCCCCUCCGUGUCUCGCUCGUGCGAGCGUCCAUGUGCUAG